AGUUGGUUUAUUUGCAUCAACAUGUUGAAGUUCGUGAUUUUGUUAUCUGCUGUGGCCUGUGCCUUGGGAGCUGCCGUUCCCGAGGGUAUGCUCCCCCAAUUGGACGGUCGUAUUGUGGGUGGUGUGGCUACCACAAUUAACUCCUUCCCCUGGCAAAUCUCCUUGCAACGUAGUGGCUCUCACUCCUGCGGUGGUUCCGUCUAUUCUGGCAAUAUCAUUGUGACUGCCGCUCACUGCUUGCAAUCCGUCUCUGCCUCCUCCUUGAGGGUUCGUGCUGGUUCCACCUACUGGAACUCUGGUGGUACCUUGGUCAAUGUUGCCGCUUUCAGAAAUCAUGAGGGUUACAAUCCCAGCACCAUGGUCAACGAUAUUGCCGUCAUCCGUUUGUCCUCCGCCUUGAGCAUGAGCUCUACCAUUAGAGCCAUCGGUUUGGCCACCUACAAUCCCGCUAACGGUGCCGCCGCUCAAGUUUCUGGCUGGGGUACCACCUCUGUUGGAGGCUCCAUCCCCACCCAGUUGAGAUAUGUCGAUGUUAAAAUGGUCAGUCAAGCCAGCUGCGCUUCCUCCACCUAUGGCUAUGGUUCUCAAAUCAAGGCUUCCAUGAUCUGCGCCUACACCGUUGGCAAGGAUGCUUGCCAAGGUGACUCCGGUGGUCCAUUGGUAUCUGGUGGUGUCUUGGUUGGUGUUGUCUCCUGGGGCUAUGGCUGCGCCUACACCAACUAUCCCGGUGUCUAUGCUUCGGUUGCUGAUCUCCGUUCCUGGGUUGUCAACGCUGCUAACUCUGUUUAAAUAUUUUGAUCUGAUCGACCGUUGAUACAGUUUUUAAUUUUUUUCAAUUGAUUCGCAUUAGUAAUUGUGUCAAUGGGCGAUAGUAAUUAAAUGUUUUAAUAUUUUUCACA